CGGUGAAGACCAACACAGGCGGACGAGCUCACGCUUCUAAACCCCAAACCCGGGCGGGGCAAGCGCUCUACCCGCGCCGCUUCGUCUUGCUCCGUCUCCCGUCCCUCCCAGUCUAGCCCUGUCCGAAGCUUUGAUGUCCGUAGCCAUAGCCAUCCACAGAACUCUCUAGCACAUUGCCGCUCGCUUACAUCGUCUUUCGCGUACUCGAUUCCUCCUUCCGCAUCUAGAUCAUUACUUUUCUUUUUCUCCAAAGUGCAGCAGCUUUUAUCUUGCACUUUUAGCGGCGGGAGAGAACUUGUUUUGGAGGCGGGAGGCAUUGUUUUUUUCGUUUUUUUCUGGAGUGAUUUGCAUUUCGUCCUGGUUUAGAUCACGGAAUUGUGAAAGAGAUGAGAUAUAGCUAGCCUCCGAAACGUGAGAUUUGAAGAGGAGUUGUAGUUCUGUAAGAGUGAAGCUCUGAAGUUAUUGGACUGCAUCAGAGUGUAGAUGGAGGAAAUGGAGGAUUGAGAUUCGAGGCUGUGAAGCACAUCUCAGACUGUUCUUUUGUUCAUAUUCGACGAACUGGCAAUGCUGGUGGUAGCGUGCAUGCCUUGGUCGUAGAAGUUGGACGCUAGUUCUUUCUGGACGGGCGUGUGCAGGGGUUUAGUGCUGGCGGCGUCUCUCCUGUAGACGGAGGGUUGGACUUGGGAUCAUAUUAGCGAGAUGCUUCAUUCUUCAUCUAGUCGUCGUUGCUGAAACCCGCACCGCUGAGGAGGGGGAUGAUGGAUGGUACUAUUAGGCUGAAACUUCCAUCAUUGGAGUUCUAGCUUUUUGUUCUGAAGACAACAUGGUCUCAAUUUGGGAGACCGAAAGGCCUCCAUCGGUGCAAGACUACUAUUUAGUGUGCUACUUCGCUCUUGCUUUUCCUGUAGCUCGAUUUUUACUGGAUUGCUUCCUCUAUCAGAAACUCGCAAGAUGGUGUAUUUUUCCGCAUGGAGUAAAAGGCUUGAAGAAUGGUGCGAGGGAAGCUGGAGAGAAGAAGAUCCCCAAAUUUACUGAGUCCGCUUGGAAACUUACAUACUACCUCGCUACGGAAGUGUUUGUUAUCUUCAUUACCUACAAAGAGGCAUGGUUCGGCAACACCUCUGCGUUUUGGCACGGAUGGCCGUAUCAAACUGUGAAGUUUCAGCUGACGUUGUUCUACACCUUUCAAUGUGGCUUCUACAUAUAUAGUGUGGCGGCAUUGUUAUUCUGGGAAACUCGAAGGAAGGAUUUUGAUGUUAUGAUGACUCAUCAUAUUGUGACAAUUGGACUCAUCGCUUAUUCUUAUAUCACCGGGUCCUUUCGUGCAGGUUCCAUUGUGCUUGCCCUUCAUGAUGUAAGUGAUGUUUUCAUGGAAGCUGCGAAGCUCUGCAAAUACAGUGGUAGCGAGGUGGGGGCCAGCGUCUCCUUUGGCCUAUUUGUACUAUCGUGGGUGCUUUUGCGGCUGAUCUACUUUCCUUUCUGGAUUAUCUGGAGCACCAGCUACGAGGUCAUUAAUUAUGUGGAUCUCUCUCAGUUCUAUGUAUCGUUUCAAUACUACGUUUUCAAUAUGCUGCUCAUCACACUGUUGGUGAUACACUGUUACUGGUGGGUGCUGAUAUUGAGAAUGGUUAUUAAGCAAUUACGAAAUUCCGGAAAAGUUGGAGAGGACGUUCGCUCAGACUCUGAAGAUGGGUAGGAGCACUUGCUGUGGAGGUUUUUGGAAUGUUCCUGAGCCAAUAGAUGACAUAGCACAACAUAUCUUGCAAAAGCAUAUGAUUUCUUCACUUACAGUAGAUUGUUUGGUAAACACGAUAUGCGGUUCAGCAUUUUGUGGUGUUUCAUCAGACUUGUAUGGUUAUCAACUUAGGGUGCAAUCCACUUGUAGGUUUGAGUUGUGUGGUGGCAUAUCGUCACUGCUGUAAGGUCUAAUGACUCAGUAUGAUAUGAUUGGUCACUGUGCGAGCUCAAGCAAUGUUUGAGUCCAACCUUGUGACCAGUUUUAAACUGAGUUAUAUGAGUUUCGAAUUGGCUGGGUCCAUGUGUCCUGGCUUACGUCACCAUUGAGUUUUAGACGCUUUUGUAGAUCGCAACAGAAUCUCAGUUUGUAUAGAGGUUAUGCAGGUUUUGCGCUCAUAGGUCUGGCCACAUGCCUCAAGCUAUAUUGACCUUGCUUCUCAGGAGUUAUGAAAUCUUUGAACAUGAGUGGUACGUGCUACGCUGGAGUAACUGGAUAACUGGAGCAUAGCACGUACUCAUGACAAUGUCCAACGUCGUGAUUCUAGCGUCAGUAGUGUGCGAAUUUCUCGCUUUACUAUCU